AUGAAAAGACCCAACAUUGAAACCCAUACCUUGGACAAAGUUUCUAAGAAAGCAUUGGCAAUCUCCAUCUCAGCAAGCACAUUGCUAUUGAUUGCCAAGGCUGCCUUCAGUAUCUGGUCGGUACAGUCCCUGCAUUAUUGCAACCUCUUCCUUGCAUCCAUUGACAACCCUUUUGGAGGAACUUUUGGGUUCGGGAGCCACCACUCCUCUUCCUGCCUAAUUGAAGCUCUUCCACCUAACAUACCCAAUGGAUACUCAUCACAAUUGUCCACAUCAAGGACAAUUAUACCUCGAUCGACAUACCAAAAUUCUAUCUCACAAAACCCUUCAAGGAUACUAAUUAACAUAGCAUCAAGCUUUUUCAGAGCAAGGAGAUUCAUAUACAAAUCUGACUGCGGCCUUGUUGCCGUUACUUCGUAUGUGCCUCACCCAAGGAAUUGUUGUAUGGAAGACACAAGCUCUACAAUGGAAUCACUCACACAUAAGAGCCACUCCAUCUCUCUGCACCACAUUGCCCUCUUCUGUGGUGCCAAUGGCACAACUCCAUGGCUCCCCAAAUAUAGUGGCUACCAUUUCAAAUGA